GGAAAAUGCCUUGCGUCUUUGGGAGGCGCAACCUUCUUUGCUAUCAGUGCAGCCUCUGUGACUUCAAAAUGGGUAGGAACUGGUGAGAAGCGCGUGAGGCUUCUAUUUAAGAUUGCAAGAGUGCUUCGCCCGUCCAUAAUCUACAAAGAUGAAGUUGAUUCUAUAUUAUCAUCAAGGGGGGAAAGCAAGGAGAAUGAAUGCUUGUCUAGAUUGAAAACUGAGAUUUUGGCAUCACAGGACGGCCUAUCAUGCUCUGACAACGAUGGUGUGCUUUUGAUUGGAGCAACAAAUCUGCCACAGAAAUUGGACUCAGCAGCAAGAAGAAGAUUCACAUCCAGACUCAUGAUCCCACUUCCAGAUGCAGAGGCGAGAAGAGCACUCAUGGCACAUGACAUUAAAAAUGACAAUCACAGCAUUGAUGAGGAUGGUAUGUCCAUGAUUGUGAAGAAGACUGAGGGGUAUAGCGGGGCAGACCUCCACACUGUUCUGAAGGAUGCUGCGAAAGCCCCAAUCAGGGAGCUUACCUCUUUGCAGCUCAGGACCAUUCCUCUCAAUAAGAUUAGACCGUUUACCGUUGAUGACGUGUUGGAAGUAUUAAAGACUAGGGGUACGCGCCGUUUAGUUUGGGCGCGUAGUGUGGCUGAGCGAUGCGUCUGUCUGUCUAAAAUUCUGCUCCCUUUUAACAGAUUUGACGUUGGAAAGCGUCACUCAAUUCCUCAUUAUACCGCCCAGGAAAACACUUUUUAAGGCGGGCUCUGUUGGCGCAGACGCCUGAUCAGGUC